UGAAUAUUGGCGAUAUCGCUCUACUCAUUUUCGCGCGCGUUAACGAAGUUAUUGCGAUAACGCAAUUAUCUAAAAGUUUUACGGAACAUUUAGUAAAAUUUCCCGCAAAAACGUAUCGGCUUAUUCGUUUUCCUAGUACCAUGCAGUGGUACCUUUUCAUAAUCGUCCUUCUUUACGAAAUCGAGUGCAGUAACCUUCUGGCAGAGAUUUCCGCUGCAGAAAUAUCCGAGAAGAAAUAUUGUUCAUGCGACAUGGACGAUUUACAGGAAAUUGAAUGUCGAUGUAGUGGAAGCGGUUUACUAGACAUUCCAAGGGAAGGAGACUUGCCCACCGGCCUGAUAAGCCUAAUAAUUGAAGAUGCUGGAAUCGAGGUGUUAAAGCAACGCUCAUUGGCCCCUUAUUCGGCUACUUUGAAGGAAUUAUACAUUCAUCGGGCACCGAAGUUGCUUAAAAUCCAAACAGAGGUUUUCAACGUUGUCCUGCCGAAUCUCAAAAUCUUAAGAAUUGUCAACACCGGUUUAGAAGAAAUGGUUCAGCUAAGUAAUUUAACAACACCAGUUCUGCAUAUGAUAGAUUUGGAAAACAAUAAUAUAAAACGAAUAAAUCCCAGACAAGUCAGUCAUGUGAAAGCAGAACAGUUAUCGUUAAACUACAACGAUCUGCGAUCAGUGGAAGAAGAGGCUUUCUUGGAUUCCGAAAUUGCCAAAAUAAGUUUCAAAGGCAACGCAAAGCUGACGUUUGUCCAUCAACGGGCAUUCUUUGGAUUAAAAAGUCUUCGCCAAAUAGAUUUGUCGGACACUGCGAUAAUGUUUUUGCCGACCGAAGGCCUACAUGAGAUAGAAGUCCUGAAAGUUCAAGUCGUCGAAUCCCUCAAAGUUUUUCCGUCCGUUUUCAAUUUCAGGUUUAUCAAGGAGGCAUGGUUAACCUACCCCUACCAUUGCUGCGCUUUCAAAUUUCCUCAUACACAUAAUCCUUGGGAAUACGAAAGACACAAACAAUUCGAAAGAAAAUUGGCUAAAGAGUGCACUUCGUUUUCGUACAACAUCAGCGCAAAUAGCGCGGAAGAUCAUUGGAACCAAGAGGAAUUCUUUCAUAAUAGUACAAUAUCUCUUAACGGAAUAGCGCCAGUUUUGGCAAACUGCGGACAUGUUAAGAUCAACUAUCUCGAGGUGGAAUGCCAUCCAGCUCCAGACGCUUUCAAUCCAUGCGAGGAUAUAAUGGGCAAUUGGAUUUUAAGGAUACCUGUUUGGUUUAUAUCAUCGAUCGCUAUAAUUGGCAACCUGUUUGUAAUUAUAGUCAUAUGCACCUCUCAUUUUCGGUUAACCGUAUCGAAAUUUUUAAUGUGCAACUUGGCCAUUGCCGAUUUAUGUAUUGGAAUACACCUACUGCUCAUUGCAAUUGUAGACGCUUGUUCUAUUGGGGUCUACUUUAAUUAUGCAAUCGAUUGGCAAAUAGGUGACGGAUGCCGAAUUGCAGGGUUCUUAACAGUAUUUGGUAACGUUUUAUCAGUAUACACACUUACCAUAAUCACGACCGAGCGAUGGUAUACGAUUACGUGGGCAAUUCAACUUAACAGACGUCUAAAAUUAAGGACUACGAUCCGCGCGAUGAUAGCAGGAUGGCUUACAGCAAUUGUAAUGGCUCUUCUUCCUCUGGUGGGAGUCAGCAGCUACUCCAAAACUAGCAUUUGUUUACCCCUCGAAACCAAAGGAAAAAUAGACGUAGUUUAUCUUUCAUUGUUAUUGAUUCUCAAUGCCUUUGCAUUCAUUUUAAUAUGUGGAUGUUACGGGAGUAUGUAUAAAUCGAUAAAAACUGGUACCACAACCCGCUCGAUAACGUGCGUCAGACCAGACUUAACCAUAGCCAAAAGGAUGGCCCUUUUGGUAUUCACAGAUUUCGCAUGCUGGUCACCGAUAGCGUUUUUCGGUCUAACAGCUCUUUUGGGACAUCCCCUGAUUACGGUGACGCAAACAAAGAUACUGCUGGUGUUCUUUUAUCCGCUGAACUCGUGCGCGAAUCCAUUACUGUACGCGUUAGUGACGCAGCAAUACCGCAGGGACUUUUUUAUAUUAAUGGGCCGAUAUGGACUGUGCAAGGACAGGGCUGAACGACAUAAGGGCGCUAUCGGCGGAAAACCUCUGCCGUACAAGUCUGCACCCCGAUUCAAAAAGCCUAACGGUAAGAAAAGUUGUAAAAGUAACAGCAGUAUAAGCGCCAACGGGCAAAGAAGUUCCGUGCUAACAACUUGUGUUUCAGUAGAACUUACAUUAGUAAGGUCCGGAUCGAAGCACAGCCACAGGUGUCGGCCCGAAUAUAAAAAUGUUGGAGGUGAAAUUGUCGCGAGAGACACGUACGAAGUCGACAGCCACGGAAAAUUAAGAACUACGGAAAACUUAUAAUUCCUCCACACUUGCGAAAGGCCCUUAAGGGUAUCAUCGGACUGAUUACCGAAAGAACACUGGAAUAGUAUUACUUACUACUAUAAGAUGCAACAAAAGUGAUGAAGUCUUUCAAAUUAAAUACAUAAUGUGUAUCUGUAUUUAAACAUGUAUGUAGAUACGUUAGAUAAUAAUGAAUACAAAGCUGAGAAGUUACCAAGGGGCCGUUCAUAAAAUAUGUUCGUAAAUAAUUACCGUGAUAAGACAUGACAAGGAGGGAAAGAGUCUGUGACGUUGACUAUUAAUUUUUCUCUAAACUUAGCAGUUCUUAAAAUUUUUCAUUACGAUCGAAAGUUAUUCUCAAGUAUUUAAGUCUACAAAUAAACAUACAGUAGAAUCCGCUUAUAAUGACAUCGAAUUGACAAGCACGUCAUACUAAGCGGGCGUC